CCAGUAACUAAAACCAGGAAAAGGCGAAAAUUCUUUCCAACCAGUACCAUCCUGCCAGUAUCCAAACCGGUCAGCCUGCCAUCUGAGAACCCGCCUUCCGUGGUGCAGCCUGGUGCCUCGGUGCCCACGAUUCAGCCUGAUGUCUCUACCCAGCCUGAUGAACUGAUCCAGCCUGAUGAUCCUAUCAUGCCAGACGAUCCAAUGCCUGAUGACCCAGUGCCCACUGUCGUGCAUGAUGACCCGAUGCCCGCUGUCGAGCCAGAUGACCUAAUGCCAGAUGACCGAUGCCAGCUGUUGAGCCAGAUGACCUGAUGCCUGGUGACCCGAUGCCCGCUGUCGAGCCAGACGAUCCAAUGCCUGAUGACCCAGUGCCC